AUGGAGGAAGAAAGCAUUGCCCACAGACAUGGGCAGACAUCUGAUGUGGGCAUAAUUGGACAACUGAAGACAGAAUGGGAAGAACAUGCUGUGGGAAUAACUAAAGAUAUGGCAGGCCAUGGAAAGUGUGACUGUGGAAAGUGCAAAUGUGAUGAAGGUUGGUAUGGAGAUGCUUGUCAGUACCCAGCUACCUGCAAUUUUACCCGGAGGAAAAGCAAUGAAAUGUGCAAGAAUUCUCAAGACAUUAUUUGUUCAAAUGCAGGAACUUGUCACUGUGGCAGAUGUAAAUGUGACAAUUUAGAAGGAAAUGGAUUGAUCCAUGGUAAAUACUGUGAGUGUGAUGACAGAGAAUGCAUAGAUGAAGAAACAGGCCUGAUGUGUACAGGCCAUGGCAUGUGUUACUGUGGAAACUGUUACUGCGAGGCUGGUUGGCAUGGCGAUAAAUGUGAACUCCAAUGUGACAUCACCCCCUGGGAGAUCAAGAAGAGGUGUACCUCUCCAGAUGGCAAAAUCUGCAGCAACAGAGGAACCUGUGUAUGUGGAGAAUGCAUAUGCCAUGAUGUAGACCCGACUGGAGAUUGGGGAGAUAUUCAUGGAGACACUUGUGAAUGUGAUGAACGAAACUGCAAGGCAGUCUAUGAUCGAUACUCAGAUGAUUUCUGUUCAGGUCAUGGCCAGUGUAACUGUGGACAAUGUGACUGUAAAACAGGAUGGACAGGGAAGAAGUGUGAACAUCCAGCCUCUUGCCCCAUCUCACCUGAAGAGAGCAUUAGGAAAUGUCAAGGAGAUUCCCAUCUACCAUGUUCUGGCAGAGGAAAAUGUGAAUGUGGCCGGUGUACAUGUUUCCCUCUGGGAGAAUCCAAAAUAUAUGGCAAAAUUUGUGAGUGUGAUGACCGGCAGUGUGAAGACAAAGAUGGCAAUGUCUGCAAUGAUUACGGGACUUGUUCCUGUGGUCGCUGCAUUUGUAAGGAUGGAUGGUUUGGAAAAUUGUGUCAACACCCAAGGAAAUGCAGCAUGGCAGAAGACGAGAGCAGAAGUUUGUGUGAAUCGGCCAAUGGCGUAUUGUGCUCAGGAAAGGGUUCCUGUCACUGUGGAAAAUGCAUCUGUUCUUCCCAGGAAUGGUACAUUACAGGAGAAUUCUGUGAAUGUGAUGACCGGGAUUGCGACAAAUAUGAUGGCCUUAUUUGCACAGGAAAUGGUAUAUGUAGCUGUGGAAACUGCGAGUGCUGGGAAGGCUGGACUGGAAAUGCUUGUGAGAUCUGGCUUGGGACCGAAUAUCCCUAACAUUGCCAUGAAACACUGAAGAAUGACAGAUUUGUGGUAUAGAAUGAGGCUGCUAGACUACAUAAAUGUAAGAUGAACAGAAACAAAGAAACCCGCCCAUCCUAAUCAAUCAGCUCAGCAAAAUAUUUCUUAAAAUGUA